AAAAACAUUCAAAUAAAGAACAUUCUACUGUGGAAGAACAUUCAGCUGAAGACAAACAUUCUACUGAAGAAAAGCAUUCAGCAGAAAAACAUUCAAAUAAAGAACAUUCUACUGUAGAAGAACAUUCUGCUGAAGACAAACAUUCUACUGAAGAAAAGCAUUCAGCAGAAAAACAUUCAAAUAAAGAACAUUCUACUGUAGAAGAACAUUCUGCUGAAGACAAACAUUCUACUGAAGAAAAGCAUUCAGCAGAAAAACAUUCAAAUAAAGAACAUUCUACUGUAGAAGAACAUUCUGCUGAAGACAAACAUUCUACUGAAGAAAAGCAUUCAGCAGAAAAACAUUCAAAUAAAGAACAUUCUACUGUAGAAGAACAUUCUGCUGAAGACAAACAUUCUACUGAAGAAAAGCAUUCAGCAGAAAAACAUUCAAAUAAAGAACAUUCUGCUGUAGAACAUUCUGCUGAAGAAAAAUAUUCUACUGAAGAAAAGCAUUUAGCAGAAAAACUUUCAAAUAAAGAACAUUCUGCUGUAGAACAUUCUGCUGAAGAAAAAUAUUCUACUGAAGAAAAGCAUUUAGCAGAAAAACUUUCAAAUAAAGAACAUUCUACUGUAGAAGAACAUUCUGCUCAAGAGCAGUCAGCAGAAAAACAUUCAAAUAAAGAACAUUCUACUGUAGAAGAACAUUCUGCUCAAGAGGAAUAUUCAGAUGAAGAAGAUGUAGAUGAAGAAGAACAUUCCGUAGAGGAAGGACAUUCAGCCGAUAAGGAGUCUCAUUCAUCGUGGGGUAACAAGAACAUUUCUGAUCCACCAUCCACUCACGAGAAACCCAGCCUAGUGCUACGCAGACGCCUUCUUGUUAGAGAGGACAUGUAUAAACCUCGCAGCAAGUGCAAGAACUGCAUCUGUCUAAGGGUCCGUGUCUUUGAGGGUCCCCCAGCAGAUUCAAUAAAACAUGCGUUACGCAUUCAUCCGGUCCAGAAGGUAGAGUGUCCUCUAGGCUUAGAGGAGGAGGACUUUGUGAAGCUGCUGAGGUCCCGUUUGCCCCAGCUGGACGGUCAGACGCCUUUCGACAUCUAUAAAGUCAACAGGAAACGGAAAUUGGUGCCAGUAAGAAUCGGGAAGCUGACAGCAGAAGAAGUUGCAAUAGUGACUUCACACAACUUUUACCUCCGACCUAAGACCAAAGAGGAGGAACUUUUGCAGGAUAAAGCUGCUGCUUCAGACCCUUCACCUGCAGAUCAACCCAGACAUAGGCUCAUAAUACGGCCUCGUAAGAGUUUCCUUUUCAAACAUCUGAUGGUUGACACAGACAGCCAUGUUAGUCUCCAGCUCCGCAUCCUGGAGGAUCCUCGCAUCGAUGUAGUUGGACACAAGAUAUACUCAAAGUUCCCAGCAUAUGUGGUCCAGUGUCCUUGUGGUCUGAAGGAAAACGAGUUCCUGGACCUGCUGACCUCCGCCUUCCCUCACCUCCGAGCUCUGUCACCGUUCAAUUUAUUUAUCUCAAGCAACAAUAGAAGGCUGCAGCUGCUGGAUGUUGAAAGUAUGACCCCAGAAAACAUCAAGACUCAGCUUAGAGCCGCUGCCAAACAUAUCCCAAUCAUCUACAUCCGACCAAGGGGACAGCGCGGUGCCCCGUUAAGAGACUCUUCUGAUCCAGUCAACCUGGACUCUAGGUCAGGAUCACAACAGGACAUCGACUACAUGGAGGAAGAGGAUAACAGCGAUCCGUAUGACCUCUUCAGUGAUGACCAGGACGUUGAGAUGACUGCUGAUGACUGGCAACUAGAUGAAUAUGAAGAUGAACCAACGAGUAAUGGAACAAUCCAGGCGUCUCCAAUGGCGUUGCGUUCUAACAGUGUUUCUGUGUUCUGUAAAGUCUGCAUGAGUCUGCACAGCUCAAUGAACAUGCUGGUCAGACACUCUCGGGGUCACUUAGAUGAUCCGCGGCGGCUUUGCGGAGUGUGUGGCGAACAAUCAGAGUCAGCAGCGGAGCUGAAGCGUCACCUUCAAACCCACCAGCGAACUCACAGGUGUGACAUCUGCGAACAGUCGUUCUCAAGCGUUGCUGGUUUAAAUGAGCACCUGAGGCAGCACAGAUGCAAGAAAUGCAACCGAACUUUCAACAGGUGGUCCGAGUUUCAGAGUCACAGCUUGGUCCAUGGAAAGAAGCGGCGACGUGAUUAUGAGAUGGAACAGGAAGAGGGCAAAUCCAGCCAAUCAGGGAAGGACUGGCACCAGUGCAGCAUCUGUGGAAAAAUCACAGGCAGUGUUUACACCUUAUCCAUCCACAUGAAGACUCACUCAAAUCAGUCGAUGUAGAAAAUGAAAGCCUAUCAGUCAGUCUCUUUCAAAACUGCUGAAGACCCACGAUUAGGGGCCAGGGGGCUUGACUGUCAUACCUUUUAUAAAACACAUUAACACGGCUUUAUAUCUGCAAUCUGGACCUUUGGAGACCACCUCAGGGUCAGGGUUAGGAUCCCUAGAGCCUUCUUAUAUGCCAUGGGUGGUAACUUGUUUUGA